GUUUUUCCUCCAUUUUUUUUUUUUUUUUUUUUUUUUUUUUUUAAACCCUCAUCCUAGUUUAGUCCGUGGGCAGGACUCGCAUAAUAAUAUUUCCAGUCCCAGCAGCUCACAUCACAGACACGAACCCAGGACCGCCCCCCCUCAGUUUUUUCUUCCCAAUCUCCCAAAUCGCUUUAUUAUUAUUUUUUAAAUGAUCGCGCUUUUUGCCCGCUGCUCCCGCUGCUGCCGAAAUCCCCGGCUUCCCAGGGUGCAUGCUUCUGGCAAGACCGUGCAGUGUUCUCAGUCCACUUUCAGUGUGUCUUAUCUUAAUUUGUCCUGAUCCGAUCUAAGCGCGAUAGCCACCACUUGCUUUCAAUUUGUAGGAUUUUUUCCCCUUCUCGGUUCGCUCCGACUACCCUCGGAGUGUUUCCCUCUCUGCUCGCAUUUCCAGGGUUCCGAUCUACUACUCUGCCUUUAUUUCUUCUUCUCCUUUUCUUUUUUUUUUAUUAAACCUCCCCUCUCUUGAAUUGCUUCAUGUUACUAACCAUUCCUAAAUUGUAGGAGAGCUCCAUUCCCCCUCCUCUCCCACCACCACCAGCACCACUACCACCAUCACCUCCUCCUCCUCCUCCUCCCCUUCUCUUCUCCUUUUUGGCAGCACCAGGACGUCCGGUGUGGUGGUGGCAGCGAGCAGCAAAAGCAGCAAGAGCUCCUUUUGAUUCCCCCCCGUUCCAAGGUGCUUUGGAGAGACCCGGUUCAAAGCUGAGCGGCAGAAGUCACGAUGAGUGCACAAGGUGAGGGACCCGGUCAGCCUUCCACUGCUGCCCAGGAGCAACCUGCAACCGCAGAGCCUCAGAAGAGAGGACGAGGCAGACCCAGGAAGCAACCACAAGAACCAACUGGUGAACCAUCUCCUAAAAGACCAAGAGGAAGACCCAAAGGAAGCAAAAACAAGAGUCCCUCUAAAGCAGCCCAGAAGAAAGCAGAAGCCACUGGUGAAAAGCGACCCAGAGGGCGGCCCAGAAAAUGGCCUCAACAAGUGGUUCAAAAGAAGCCUGCUCAGGAAGAGACUGAAGAAACGUCCUCACAAGAAUCUGCAGAGGAAGACUAGGAUACCGCACCAUGCAAUUUCUACCUCAUCAGCAGUUGGGUCUUUUGAAGGGAGAAGACACUGCCUUGACCACUUAUUUUCUAUUGCCAUGGUCUUUCCACUUUUGCCUGGGGGAAAAAAAAAAAUCACAUAACCUUAAAAAGGAUUUGACUAAUCAUCUUCUUUGUAAUCCCUUCACAGUCCCAGGUUUAGUGAAAAACUGCUGUAACACAAUUGGGACACAGAUUAACGAUGCAACUUUUAAUUACUGUUUUCUUUUUUCUUAACCUACUAAUAGUUUGUUUGAGCUGCUAAGUAAGGGUGACUGGGUCAAGAAGAGCUCCAAAUCAGGUUUAAGUCAUUCACUGCACUGCAUAUAAACAAGAAACUUGUAACAUAUUAAUUAUAAUGGGCAUUGAAAUAGGAAAGGCUUGGUGUGCAACACUAGGCCUUGCAACACUUCCAGCAACCCACUCCCUACUUAGUGAACUCCCUGUUUUAGAACACCAAAGAUAAGGGAUAGAUACUACUCUUUUUUUUUUUUUUUGUAACCUUCUUGUAGACUUGUACUUGAUUUUUUAAUUUUUUUUUUAAGACUUACUGUUAUUUCAGGAAAAAAAAAUUGAAAGCUGAUCUCUCACUUCAUUCAGCUGGUAAUCAGAAGAAAGAAAGCAACACGAAAAAGGUACUUUCAUUUUGCAAAAGGGAAGAAAGACAAAGAUACGUUGUAUAGUUACAGAUACAAACAUAUCAGCAGAAGUAGUAAUAAACAAAACGAACAGCCCUCACCUUCUGGACAAUAGGAAGUCCGACAGAGUCGGCUUUCUGUAGAGCCAGGCAUUUUCUAUGGAAACAGAAAUGACUGGCACCAAACACUUAAGCCAUUAAUGACUAAGUCUUUAUCAAGAAAAGUGUUUUAAAAUGUAUAGAAAGGUACCUUGAAAUUAAUACUGAAUUUGUCUGAAGAAAAUAAUCCAGAUGUUUUAGUAGUUUUAACUAAUUCCACUCACCCCGUACCAGGUUUCAAACAAAAUGAAUCUCUUCUCAUUACUCAUCAGUCAUGAUGUAAGAACCAACACCAUGUACCUCAGCUAAGCUUGUGUAUUACUUUAAGCAAUGUAUUUUGACAUAGGAUGGUUCACUGAGCACCUCUGUGCCGGUGGCGUUUCUCCAUCUUUUCAUUCAAAGCAGCACUUUUAGCAACAGAUGCAAUAUUACCCCACUAUUCAAUACUACCUCUGAUUUUUACAAUUUACUCAACAGACUGAUAAAUACAUGCUGCUAUACACAUUCAAUGCAGGAAAUUUUUACUGGGUAGAUAAUCACGAGUAUCUGCAUUUUCCCCUUAUUUCUACUUCAACACUUAAUUGCAGUUAAGGAAGCAAUAUCUUUAUUGUGUUUCGGCAUGACUAUGUAUUUUUCUUUCUCCUUUUUUUUUUUAAUGUACUUACCCUAUUCUCUGCUAGACUUCUGUGUAAUGUACUGUUAACUUGAAUAUAUUUUUGUACUGAAUUGCUGAUAGGUUUGUAAGGAUAAUUUUCUUCAAUGACACUACAUGACAUAGAAAAAAAAUUUAGCUGUAAUGUUUAAAUAUUACUGUCCAAGUUUGUACCUCAAAUGAAUUGUUUAAAGAAAUGGACUAAUUGAUUGACAAAGACCUACCUCCAGACUUUAAAUGGAAUGAACUUGUUACUUUCAGCAUUAGUUUUGAGACGUUUGAAACAGUUAGGACUGCAACUAAUCCCUAAUUCAAAACUAUUUUUGUAAAAUAACUUGUGGAAAAUGAACACGUUUUAAAUUACUUUCGUAUUAAAAAAAAAAAUGAACAAAAAAAAAACCUUCAAAGAAACUUGAAGCUUUGUAGGUGGGAAGCAACAAGCUCAGCUUUUGCAUAAUGCAAUCACGAAUAUGUGUUUAAAAAAAUAAUUAGUAGAUUGUAAGAAAAUACUUGACAAGUAUUUUCAUGUAUUUUACACAAAUGUGAUUUUGUAAUAUGUUUCAGCCAGAUUUAUUUUAAAUGCUUCUUAUGUAGAGGUUUUUUAUUCUCCUCUCACACUUUUUUUUCCCCUUUUUUUUCCUCUUUCUCUCUUCCUAUUUCAUUUUCUCUCUUUCUGCUUAAUUUCCCUUCUUCCUCUCCUAGUCAGUACUUUGUAACAUUGUAUUAAUAACUGGGCCAGGGGUAGGUUCUCAGGAAGGCAUCUGUUGGUAUGGCUUUAUUAGCAAGCCAAACGCAGUUAAAGGUAACUACUUGCUGGCUUCUUCCAAGAGGCAGUGUCAAGAACUGCGGACCUCCUCAAAAGACUGCAGAGGGUUCAUUGUCGAUCGCUGAGAAAGAGCUGAUCGGAGUGUUAAAAUGAGACACGUUGAUAUUAAGUGAAUGGGAAAUAAUCCCAGCUAUGCAGUAGCUCUAGCAGGCCAAAUCCAGCGUCAUUUGAAGUCAGUAGAAGGAAUUCUGCUGACUUCAAAGGACAUCGAGUCGAGCCUUAGCAAAUUCCUUUUUAUUUUUUAUUUUUUGCGUUUUUUUGAAACCACAGUAUUCAGCGGAUGACACAGAAAUAAUCGCUGUGUGUGUGUCACAGUUCAACCUCCGAGAGACUUACCACUCUGAUGAACUGAAUCUUGUAUUUUCUAUAUAUUGUAGUACAAUCAAAACACAUUACUACCUCUUAGGGCCUACUAUACCUCAUUUUUUCAGACUGAAAAAUUGCAUGUGGCCAUUGAAUCAGUGAGAACAUCAUAAAAUUUUUUAUAUAUAUAGUUUAUUUUUGUGGGAGAUAAAUUUUAUACGACUGUUCUUUGCUGUCAUUGGUCACUGCUAACUAAGACUGGACAUUUAACUCUUCUACCAUUUCUGCAAGAGAGGUGUGUUUGCAGGAAAAAGACAAAAAACGCUUCAAGAUGUUUAACUACAGUUUACUUUUCCUUUUGAGUGUCUUCUAACUUUUCGCUUUGUUCUUUGUGUAGAGUUGCUGUCUACGAUUGUACUUUGAAUCGCUUGCUUGUUGAAAAUGUUCCUUUAAUGGAUUAUCACAGUCUGUUCAGCACAAUAAACAUCAUAGCCUCUGUGAUCCCCAUGUUGUUUGAUUCUUAGACUUUUGUCACAGUUCUAUAAAAUGAGUAAUAAAGUUUGGUCACAGUGACUAAAUUUGUAAAA